UCAUCUGAGCUGUUGCAAGAGUGCGGACGUGUUGCGUGGCCGUCGAGCUCUCGGGCGGCGAACGAUGGCUGCGCAGUGAGGAAGGCUCAACAUAUGUUUCCUGUCCUACCUUUGAGGGCGGAAGAGUGGAGCGCAGCAGGGUCACAAAGAAGAUAACGAAGAAGAUCACGAGGGGCCGAAGAUAAAAGCGAAAUGGUCGAUGAAAGCGUUGUCACCGCCAUAUCCAGCAUUUGCGCGGUACUCAACUGCGCCUACAUAGCGUUCGAACUGUAUGCUGCUAGCGGUGGUUACAUACGCAACGCAACAAGCUUCAACCUCGUAACCGCUGCUGUUUGCGCACUAAGCCUCGGGAGCGACAUCAUGCUGCUCAAGUCUGUCUCCUGUGGAUCAACGAUGCCACGAGCCACAACUGGUAACCAAGGCAUACCGAAGGGGACUCUUAAGAGAAUGCGGCUGGCACUCUGUGCCAAGGCGCUUGUCAUUACCUUCGAAUUUUUCGCGGCGAUUUUUGACGGCUACAACUGUGCCCAAGAUUGCCUCAGGUACUUAUAUGGCAACAACCUGAAGUGGCAAGAAUAUCUAAAGAAUAAUCCCCCAAGCGACACCGUAACGGCUGGGGAGGCUCUUUUAAUGCUGUUUUUAAUUGGAACUACCAUCGCCACUGCCAUUAAGGGCGUAUUGUUGUUUCUCAUUCACGACUACUACGAAGGCGUCAAGCAGCAAGGAACGCUAACUUCUAACGGCCUUGAGGACACCUUUGAGAAGGAGGAACCUGGCCUGCCGGCUACCCCACAGCAAGUCCCACAGCCGAUACCGGGCGUCUACUACCCAGCCGGCGGAAUGCUCCUACUGGGAGCCCCGAUGCCGACGGGAGGACCUGCGGCCGCGCCUGCGCAGCGAUGAUGACGCCUGUAGGCGCGCCACGGACCAAGAGGGGCGCGCGAAAAACCAGGCGAAAAGGAGAAGAAGAAGCAUCGUCGUGCUGUCGCAUCUGUGCACGUGCGACAUAAGACAGUGUGCUCAGCCACGUGAAUUCUUUUUUUGGGGUGGGGGGGGGGACUGUAUUUCUGCGGUCGUAAAUAACAAUAAUUCCUCGUCGUACAAUCAUUCACACUAUAUAGUAUUGGCGCAAACGAAACACAAUUCAAUAGACCCCCACUUUUCUUUUUUUUUUGUAUGCCAAUGCCAGAGAAAAAUAAUUCCCUGACAAACGCUAUGCAUAUGUAGCAUGUCAGCUUACUUGCUUCGAGCCCUCAAAACUCCACCUGUGCGAUACCAAAAUGGAACCAAGUUAGUAUGGUUCACCCUCCCUUUGAAUAAAUGUAGGCGUUUUUGAA